GACUUACCUUGGCCGGUCGGACGGUACGUCGCUGCUGCUCUCCCGCGUCUUUCGUUUUUUCCUCUCUCUCUCUUUCUCUCUCGCCGCGGCUCCCAGUGUGUGUGUGUGUGUAUAUAUCUGUAUAACCUGCCAUACGUCCGCAACGGCGGACAUCUUGUGCAGCGGCAGCAGCAGCAGCCAGAGUCACGACUACGUCCUCUCCUCGUCACCAGUGGAAUCGGCUGCAGGUCGCCCUCGGCUACAGCGACGCUCCGCCGGCUCUCUCUCUCUCUCUCUCUCUCUCUCACUUACUCGGCGGCCAUUAUACUCGUCGGACGCGCGUGUGUUGUAUAUAUACGGAUCUCAACCAGGAGAUCGUCGCAGGGCGCUGGACGCCUGCGCGAUAUAUAUAUAUAUAUUGCUUUUUCGCGCGUAUAACCCAGUGUGCAGUUCUUCGAGUGUACGUAAAUCCAUACGAGUGUGCAGUGUGCGGAUAUAGUAAGGAGCGAACGUUCUGUGCAUAUGUGUGUUACGUAGAUGUAUAGUGCGGAUACAGCAGCAUCGGGAGUAUCGCACAGCAGCGAGGAGAUCGACUGUGUACCCGCGUAGCCCAGCUCCAUAUAGGAGUGUGCCAAGGUUGGCGUGUACAGGCCUGCGCAAGGGUAAAGGUCGAAAUCUGGAUUACACGGCCGAGCCGGGAAUCACGGACAAGAUUCUGCCGGUUCAUAAAAAAGGAGGACGCACGGACGGAGAUGGCAUGAGGGAGGGCUGCGGCAACGUUGCCGAGGUGAGAUAGAGAGCGAGCGCACAGAGGAGCCAAAGACAAAGGCGCAUCGAGAUCUCGCGCACGACAAUAUCUCUGUCGUUCGCGCGUGUGACGGCGUAUCUCUGUGUCUGUCUCCCUCUAGACUACUGCUGAAGCAUCCCCGUAAGCUCCGCCGCGUCUCUCCUCCUCCUCGUCGUCGAUCCAACUCUGAGCAGCAGCAACACUCGAUCAUCUCUCUCAUCUCUGCACCGAUGUGACCAGUCCCUCGAGUCGAGAUGCUGGCCUGCGUGUACCCGGCUGAGAGCUUCAAGUCGAAGGCGGUGACGGUCAAGCUGAGGCAGCAGCACACCAAGACCGGCUCCAAGAGGCGGCCCAAGCUCCUAGCCGUUAAGGAGAGGAGCGCGCAGAACGGACAGACUCCGAGCGUUAAUGUAGCGGCUGUCAAUGCCGGGGAGAGCAAGCAGCAGCAGGUAGUGGCUACCGGCAGCGGCAACAAUGAGUUACCAGUGGGCGGGGGCGGUGCCGUGCUGGUGCUCAGCGAACUUGAAAGCAUGGCGUCGCGGCAACAGCGGGAAAUCGCCCAGCAGCGCCGUCUUCUCGAGCAACGCGAGGCCCGGCUAGCCGUCCUCCGAAGUGCUCAGGAGCCGGCGCAGCAGGACAGACUGGCGAGGCUGAGGCACCGGCUGGAUCAGCAGCAGAGCAAGUUGAAUCGGCUGAGGCAACUAAGGUCGCAGACCGACUCAUCGCGCGCCACCAAUGUCACCCUCACAUACGACCUGGACAACACGAGGAAGCUGUUCAACGAGAAGGAGAAGGAGCUGUCUCUGGCAGUGGCGAAGGUCGAUGAGCUGACGCGACAACUGGAGGAGCUGAGGGGCCGACACGUGGGAGGUGCCGCCGGCGGACCCGGAUCCACCGGCGCCAAUGGACACCUCGGCACCCCAGCCAGCGCUGAACUCGAGAAGCUCAGGAGGGAGCUGCUGUACCGGAACAAGAUGAACGAGCAGCAGAACCAGGUAGUGUCGCAGCAGCGUCUCGCCUUGGCCCAGCGUCAAGCGGAGAUGGCCUCGAUCGACGCUCGGAUAGCCCAGCUCCAGGGUCGUCUUCAGCGCAAACGGGCCCUGAACCAGCGGCUCAGUCAGCAGCUCGCCCAGCAGCACCAGCAGCAGAACUCGCCGACCGGCCACAAUCAUCCGGCGAACAAUCGGUCGAGCGACGCCGGCAGCAACAACGCCGGCACGGGCAACAGUCCGAAACUCGAAUUCGGACUGCUGAGCGGCGGCGUCGGCAAGCCCAGACCGGCCGGUAACAUCGCCGCGAUCGAGCCCUACUCGCACAUACCGAACGACAACGACUUCAGUCUGAACAAAAACGACCCGAAGUACCAGACGCUGCCGUACAACACCAAGUUCACGGUGAACUUCAAAACGUCCUCGACGACGAACAACACGACGAGCAGCGGGACGACGGCCAACAGCAGCGACGACGACGUCAACAAGAACAAGAUCCAGCACAGCGCCAGUGCCUCGCAGAUCGGCACCCGGGCGACCAACUUCGGACAGUUCGGACACCAGAUCGCGCACAGCCAGUCGCAGUCGCACAUUCAGGGUCAAUCCCAGCCGCUGAACUCGAAUCAAACGCAGCAGCAGAACCUCAACAACAACAACGUCAACAACAAUAAUAACAACAACAACAACAAUACUGCCAACCACAACUACCAGUCAGCCGAGAACAAUCAAAGCCCCGUCGCCCAGACGAUCCGACUGCUCCAGCAGCACCAGCAGCAGCACCAGCAGAAGGCCCAGCAACAGCAGCAUGGCUCGACCAGUUCCUCGACGUCGAGUAUCUCCUCGAGUCAGAACCAGAACCAUCGGAACCUGCAGACUCACCAGAAGCCCGUGUCGAGCGUGGCGCCGAGUUUCCCGGUCAAGUCGCCCAUCUACCAGACGUCGUCCACGAAGAUCCACCCGGUCAUGCCGCAGACCCUCAGUCUCAUCGGUAGGGGACACUCGGCGGCGCAGAACCAGAACGGAAGGGAUCCAGGCAUGCAAAACGGCCAGCAGCAGCAACAGGACUCGAACUUUGCGAGUAGACACAACUACCCCUCGUCAGUGUCCCAGCAACAGCAGCAAGGUGGCUCGUCGUCCGGUGGCUAUCAGUCGCAGAACUCGCCGAACCUCCCGCCGCCGCAAAGUAGUGGCUCGAGCUUCCCCGGCUACGGGUACAGUCAGACGGCGCAGCUCGACGAGAGACUCAAAAUUCCUGACAAGCUGGCCGGGCUAGAGCAACAGCAGCAGACACGUUUCGAGCAGCAGCAGGUUAAGUACGAGCCUCACGGCCAACCGAUCAAGCUCUACGAUCAGUCGGCCGGUGGUAAACACGAGCAGACGUCAAAAUUGCAGCAGCAGCAGCAACUCGAACACAAUUCCCAGGGAUUCAAGCAAGAAUCUCAACAGCAGCUGCAGCAGUUCAAAUCCGAGCAGAAUCAAAGCAAGUUCGAGCAUCUAGCCGCGAGGUACGAGCAGCAACAGCAGCAUGUAAUGAAGCACGACCACAACGUCAAGUUCGAGCCGCCAAUCAAUAAGUUGCCGGAAAAGCCCUUCGACUACGAGCGCAAAACGUCGAGCGGCGAGCCCCUACCCGCCAAACCCGAGAUGCUUCUGGACAAGACGAAGCCAGCCCUGCCGCCGAAACCCAGCAAACCCAACCCACCGCCAAGACUGACCCAACAUCACGAGAAGAUCGAGGUCGCCGGCGAACUCGGCGACUCCGGCAACAAACCUAGCGUCAGAGUGGAGAAAGAAGAAGAAACGAUCCCACCGAUCCCCACCUCAGAGCCACCAGAAUCUCCGACGGAGUCUCAGCUCCCAAGUCAGCAGCAGCUCCAACACCAAGUGAUAAAGGCUCGUCCGUUGAGUCUGAAGAAAGCUCCGUUAUCCGAACAGCCGAAGCUGCGCUACGCCAAGUCCAACGUUCACGUCUCGAUCAACCGACGCAUUGAGAUGCCCCCCGCCUUCCUCUUCCCCGAGACCGAGAUUCCCGCGGAUCUUAUGCAAACGGAGCAACAACAACAACAACAGCAACAGAUCCAGCAACAACAGCAGACGGUCGACGUGACGGACAGCAACUCGCUCAAGAGGCUGAUCGUGAGUCCGGUGACGAACGAAGACAUCACCUGCAACGAGAAGUUGGAGGACUCGGAUAUCGUUGACGCACUCAACGUUCUCAAUAUCGAGGAGCAGCACAAACUGAAGUCUGAUACGAUCGAGAUCGAGGGUGGCAAGCCAGCAGCGGACGUGAUAAGGCGCAAGAAGGGCAACCUCAAGUCCACGACGGGCAAGGCAAAUCUCUCGAGGCGGGUCAGCUUCGACCCCCUCGCCCUGCUGCUCGACGCGAGCCUCGAGGGCGAACUCGAGCUCGUCAAGAAAACGGCCAAGGAGGUGGCAAACCCCAGCUCGGCCAAUGACGAGGGUAUCACCGCGCUCCACAAUGCCAUCUGCGCGGGACACCUCGAGAUCGUCAAGUUCCUCGUCGAGUUUGGCUGCGACGUUAAUGCUCAGGAUAGCGAUGGAUGGACACCGUUGCACUGCGCGGCGAGUUGCAACAAUCAGGCGAUGGUGAGGUUCUUGGUGGAGCACGGUGCUUGUAUAUUCGCCACGACGCUCUCCGAUCAGGAGACUGCGGCAGAAAAGUGUGAGGAGGACGAGGAGGGUUUCGACGGCUGUUCCGAGUACUUGUACAGUGUUCAAGAGAAACUUGGCAUCAUGAAUAAUGGCCAGGUGUUCGCCGUGUUCGACUACGACGCCCAGCACAGCGAUGAACUUUCCUUGAAGAAUGGAGAUUCUUUGGUGAUACUGCGAAAAGGCGAUGACAAUGAGAGGGAUUGGUGGUGGAGCAAACUGGGACACCGAGAAGGAUACGUUCCCCGAAACUUACUAGGCCUAUAUCCAAGAGUGCAACCAGCAAAAGCAGACUGAAAGAGAACGUUACAAUCGUAAAAGAGUUUCGCAUCGAUUAUUAAACAUUUAUUACCACAGUAUUCAAUUCGCAGCUUUAUCUUUAUAGAUAUCACGGCAUAUGUAACACGACGAACGUUACGUGCACACACAUACACGCAUCUUGUUCUUACGAAUUUUAAAAGAAUGAUUGAAAAAAAGAGAGGGAAAUAAUAUUUAACGUUCUUACAUGAAUCGUUCUCGAUUGUAUACUAGUGAAGCAAUUAGUUUGCUUUUUUAAUUGUCAUUUUUGCAACUGCUACGAUCGAACGGAGUUGUUAUUUAUUAGAAGUAUUCGUAGUAAUACCUUUUAACGUACAAUGAGAGAGAAGUAAUUAAAAAAAGGAAAGAGAAAUCUUCAUUUUUUUCGUCACUUACUCCGCGUUUUUUGUACAUAUUUAUACAUCGCUCAUGACAUUGUUAUUGUAUGAUUAUUAUAUAUAAUGAAAUACCACUCGCAUCGUCGCAAUUUUAGACAAUACUAUUGUAGCAAUAAUUUUUAGCGCACCGUACAGUGAAAUUCGACACGAUAUCAAAAAGCGACAAUACAAAAUAUUCCAUUCGAUAUUUUGUGUUGCGGAGUCUGUAGUUAUAUAUAUAAAUAAUGUAAUUGUGUAUAUUUCCAAAAGUAUAUUUUAGCAGUAGAGGACGUGUAAACUUGAAUAUAUAUAUUUACUAUUAUGUGUACAUGCCAGAGAAAUCGAUUGAAUAUUAAAAAUUUUUACGCGGUCCAAUUCCCGCAAUUUAGAACUGAAUUCUUUUUAAUAUUUGUAAAAUAUAUAAUUAGAUGUAUUUUAACGAAUAAGUUCUACGAGAAUUUCGCUGUACGGUCAUUUUUAAAAUGAUAUGUAAGUAGUUUUCGUACUACAUUGAAUUUGUUCACGCUCCAAAGAAAAUGUGGAGUACGGCAUUGUGUGUAUGUACUUAAGUUUUUUUAUUUGUUUCACCUAAAUGCUUGAGUUUAGAUGAAGUCAAAUUCUGUAAGCGCCGUUUUAAGUUUACCUCGCAAAACUUUUACGAUCCGACUGGUCAUUCGGAUUUAAAAAAUGCUCUUGCGAUCGUGUAAAUGUAAACUUGCCAAUGGGAAGAACUCUUAGCAAUUUUCAUCGUUAUAGACCGAAUAUGAGUAUUCUAAAAACUUCAAAGAUUUGAAUACGUUUUUCUUUUAAUCUUAUUCUGUGCAUAACUUUAAGAAUUUUACAUAAGCCUAAAAAAGUAACGGUAAUGUAGUUCAGAAUUUUACAAGCACAGACUACCUAUUCGACGAUCUGUACGACGAUGAAUUGUAACACACUUAUUCUUAAUGAAACAUGUGCCUUUAAAAGUAAUAAUAAAUUUUAAUCUUAAGAUUAUCGCCCGAUAUUAUAUGAGAAAAUGAAAAAUCGUUUAUAAUAAAAGAAUACCUGAAA